UUGAACAUGUCCCAAAAUAAACAAAUAAAAUUUAUGUCAAAAUUAAAAAAAUCUGAGAUUAUACAUUCACUACAAAAAAUAUCAGUCUAAAAGAGGCAACUUUGAAAUAUGUGCCAAAAUAAGAAUUAAUACUUUUUAAUGGAAAACACCGCUUAUCCAAAAUUAAUAUUGAAAUUUCUUAGAUUUACAAAUACAAGGUGCAUCAUCUGUAAAUCAAAAAAUGUUUAGCAUGACAUAAAUAAUUUACUUAUUUACUUAAAAUACCUCGUCAAAAUGAAUGGAAACACUAAAAAUCAAAAAGCAAUAUUUUAAUGAGCGCGAACGAAUUCUCGUAUAGAAGACUUCUGCCGACAUGCCGGGUGGUGGUUUCUAUAAUGGCCUGCUUGUCCAUUCUGUCAGGUGUGAUUGCUGGUUACCUUUUCAUGACCAGCAUGUCAGGCGUUUCGCUGGCGGUUAGAGUUGUCUGGACCACUGGAUCGGCCAUCUAUGCACUGGCCUCAGUUUUGCUCAUCAUAGGAGUUUGGAAGCAGCUGAUUAGGUGGCUGGUGUAUCCGUACAUGUGCCUGCUUCUCAUGGCCAUUGCCGUCUAUACGAUGAUCCUGCAGUGGUUAUUCCAUAAUCUCCCUGCUGCCGUUUUCGCAUCCGUGGCCAUCAGCUUCAUAUUCCUUGGAGUGGCACUGCACCUGACCAAAAGUUUGUGACAAGAGAAGCCUCCACCUAGCUGUUAAAAAUAUGCAAAAUUGUAAAAGUACCUUGUGGAAAUUUCUUUCAUUCCGAUUUCUAAAUUAAAGCGUAAUUAAACUGU